AUGGGCGGUCUCUUGACUGUCCAGCAGUUCUUGGACAAAUUCCCUCAGGUUGACAUUGUCAACCAGAGUUCGUUCCACAAUGCGUGGGUCACAGGUCUUACGGUCGGAACAUGGCAUCUUGGCUGUAUCGUCUCAGCCAUCGCGACAAUCUUCGUUGGUGACCUGCUUGGACGUCGGCGCACACUCAUCCUCGGUCUUACCUUUUGGGUGAUUGGCGAAAUCAUUCAGACGUCUUCCUACAGCUUUCCGCAGUUCAUUGUCGGUCGCGCGAUCGCUGGUUUCGGCAAUGGCUUCACGACCUCCACAGCCCCCGCAUACCAGGCAGAAUGCGUCAAGUCGCAUCGCAAAGGAACCAUUCUGAUGAUCAGCGCAGGAGCGUUUGUCUCCGCUGGUAUCGCGCUCUCGUACUGGUUCGUCUUCGGCUUCGCAUACCUCACCAGUUCCUCGGCAUCAUGGCGCGUCCCUAUCGCUCUACAGAUCAUGUUCGCGCUCCCCGCCAUCGCAAUGCUCUUCGUACUUCCCGAAUCGCCGCGAUGGCUCAUCCUUACUGGACGCGAACAAGAGGCGCUCACUGUGCUCGCGGCGCUGAACGAUGAUGAGCCUGACAGCUUCGAGACGAAAGACGAGUUCUUACAAAUCAAGGACGCCAUCUUGAUCAUGGCACAGGGAUCGAGCGCAGGCCUAUUCUCCAACAGGGAGCGCAGAGGUUUCCACCGUGUUGUGUUGGCAUACUUCGUGCAAGUCUUCCAACAGGGCACUGGUAUCAACCUGGUCUUGCAGUAUCUCUCGUGGAUCUUCUUGACACGCAUGUCCUUCGAAGGAUGGCUAGCCCGUCUCCUGGCAUCCUGCUCAGCGACGGUCUACUUCCUUGCCUCGUUCAUCGUUGUUGUCGGUAUUGAUCGCUUCUGGGGCCGCCGCUCGCUCAUGAUGUUCGGUGCUUCGGGCAUGUCAGUAUGCAUGGUUCUCAUUACCAUAUUGCAGUAUCUGUGGUCUGAGCGCAACAUACAGGCUGGAAGGAUCGCCAGCACUGUGUUCUUGUUCAUCUUCUCUGUCUUCUUCGCUAUCGGAUGGCAGGGUAUGGCUUGGUUGUAUCAGGUCGAAAUUGUGCCACUUCGGAUUCGUGGGCCUGCUAACGGUCUUUCGACAAGUGCCAACUGGUUGCUCAACUUUGUUAUCGUCUUCAUCACCCCGAUCGCAUUCCAGCGCAUUUCCUAUCGUACAUGGAUCAUCUUCGCCGUCACAAACUUCGCCAUCAUCCCCUUGGUCUACUUCUUCUACCCUGAAACCGCCUUCCGCUCGCUUGAGGAGGUCGAUGUCAUCUUCCAGCUUGCACACGAUGCGCCCGGUAACCCCUGGCUCACCGCUGUUGGCUUUUCCCAAAGCGAGCCCCUCUGGUUCGGAAAGAAGGAUCCCGAGAAACGGCUCAACUUCAACUAUGGAAACAGCUCGUGGCACAAGAGACUCGUCGAAAGCGUCCUCAGUCGUGACAGUGGCAGUGGAAGCAACACGAACAGCGGCAACACCGAGAAGCGACCCUGGAGUAACGGCGAAAGCCCAGACUCUGGCGAGACAGCCGCGCCUACCAUCCCUCGUGGGCGAAAGAGAUCAGAAGAGUCGCCCGUAGACCCUCGCCUGCACCUUUCCCCACCAUUAAGCCCAGCGACAACCAUGACGACAACUAUCACCAGCACUAAUCGCCCACGACGCAAGCUCCAGAAGCGCAAUAGCAGCACCAGCAGCAUGGCGAGUCACGCGAGCCGCUCCCAACCACCACCACCCGUCUUCGGUCUCUACAACCGUUCUGCGGAAACGCAUCAACCAACCAUGCCACACCACCGCCACACACGCAGCACCUCAACAGACUCCCUCCACUCCGUACGCCCAGAAUGGUGGACAGAAGAUCUUGCACCCGCACCCGUACCCACACGCAGCAGAUCAUCAAGCAGACCAGGUAGCGCAAUAGAGGCAAUGGAGACCCGCGGCCGCCCAGCAUCUCGCAUGUCCACAAGAAGUAUAUCAAACAACGCGCUCAACCGCUUCCUGAACGCCGAUCUACUCGCUCAACAACAACAGCAGCAGCAACGGCAACAACCUCGAAGAGCGGCAUCUCAUUCGUCGCUUCAUGAACAAUUUGCCGACCAUGGCUUUGAACCCAUUGUUGGUAGGGAUAGCGUCGACUACCCCGGAAUGCUUGGCGGUGAAGAGCGCGGCAGAGGAAGAAGCGGUGUUGUGAGGACGGAGAGCGAUAGGGAGACGUAUCUCCCUGAUGGUGUGUAUGAGGUUGUUGAGGGUAGAGUGAGGCAGCUUAGUGCUGGGCCUGUCAGACCGGAUAGCGUGGGAAGUUCGAGGAGGUACUCGGCUAGGGACGCUGGGUACGCGAGAUAA